CCCGCUCCCACAAUGCAGCGCAUGGCGCGUCAUUGAAGAGAGACCAUGAUGGCGGCGGCGCUGGGGCCCCCAGAAGUGAUCGCUCAGCUGGAGAACGCGGCCAAAGUUCUGAUGGCACCACCUUCUAUGGUCAAUAAUGAACAACGCCAGCAUGCAGAACAUAUAUUCUUAUCAUUUAGGAAAUCAAAAUCACCUUUUGCAGUUUGCAAGCAUAUCCUAGAAACUAGUAAAGUGGACUAUGUCCUUUUUCAAGCUGCCACAGCAAUAAUGGAAGCAGUUGUUCGAGAAUGGAUUCUUUUAGAAAAAAGUAGCAUCGAGUCCCUGCGAACAUUCCUUUUAACCUAUGUCUUACAAAGGCCUAACCUCCAGAAGUAUGUUCGGGAGCAGAUUCUGUUAGCAGUAGCAGUAAUAGUAAAACGAGGAUCAUUAGAUAAAUCAAUUGACUGCAAAAGCAUUUUCCAUGAAGUCAGCCAGUUGAUAAGCAGUGGUAAUCCAACAGUGCAAACUCUGGCCUGUUCCAUUCUAACGGCUUUGUUGAGUGAAUUCUCAAGUUCAAGUAAAACAAGCAACAUUGGACUAAGUAUGGAGUUUCAUGGUAACUGCAAAAGAAUUUUUCAGAGACAUUAUAUAGCUAUGUUUGAAUCCUCACAAAAUGUGAUGCUGAAGCCAACAGAGUCCUGGCGUGAGACCCUCUUGGACAGCAGAGUUAUGGAUCUUUUCUUUACAGUACAUCGUAAAAUCAGAGAAGAUUCAGAUAUGGCACAAGAUUCACUCCAGUGCCUAGCCCAGUUAGCCUCUCUUCAUGGACCCAUCUUUCCCGAUGAAGGUUCACAAGUGGAUUACCUGGCACAUUUCAUUGAGGGAUUACUGAAUACCAUCAACGGAAUUGAAAUAGAAGACUCUGAAGCUGUGGGGAUCUCCAGCAUUAUCAGCAAUUUGAUAACUGUGUUCCCUCGAAAUAUUUUAACUGCCAUUCCAAAUGAACUCUUCUCCUCCUUUGUUAACUGCCUCACACAUCUCACUUGUUCUUUUGGGCGAAGUGCUGCAUUGGAAGAAGUGCUUGAUAAAGAUGAUAUGGUAUACAUGGAAGCAUAUGAUAAAUUGCUAGAGUCCUGGCUGACUUUGGUGCAAGAUGACAAACAUUUCCAUAAAGGCUUCUUUACACAGCAUGCAGUUCAGGUCUUUAAUUCCUACAUUCAAUGCCACCUAGCUGCUCCAGAUGGUACAAGGAAUUUGACUGCCAAUGGUGUAGCUUCACGUGAAGAAGAAGAAAUAAGUGAACUUCAGGAAGAUGACCGAGACCAGUUUUCCGACCAACUAGCCAGUGUAGGAAUGCUAGGAAGAAUUGCUGCAGAACACUGUAUACCUCUUCUUACAAGUUUAUUAGAAGAUAGAGUGACAAGGCUCCAUGGUCAGUUACAAAGACACCAGCAGCAGCUACUUGCCUCACCUGGUUCAGGUGCCAUUGACAACAAAGUGCUUGAUGAUUUAUAUGAAGAUAUUCACUGGCUUAUUUUAGUUACAGGCUACCUCUUAGCUGAUGAUACUCAGGGAGAGACUCCGUUAAUACCUCCAGAAGUAAUGGACUAUUCCAUUAAGCAAUCAACUGAAGUUGACAUUAAUACAACACUUCAGAUCUUGGGAUCUCCAGGAGAGAAGGCUUCUUCCAUCCCAGGGUGCAACAGAACAGAUUCUGUAAUUAGGUUAUUGUCUGCCAUCCUGAGGGUUUCAGAAGUUGAAUCUCGAGCAAUAAGAGCAAAUCUAACACAUCUUCUUAGUCCACAAAUGGGAAAAGAUAUUGUUUGGUUCCUAAAACGAUGGGCAAAAACCUAUCUUUUGGUGGAUGAAAAAUUGUAUGAUCAGAUAAGUCUGCCAUUCAAUACAGCAUUUGGAGCAGAUACAGAGGGUUCUCAGUGGAUUGUUGGCUACCUCUUAGAAAAAGUCAUCAGUAACCUUGCAGUAUGGAGUAGUGAGCAGGAUCUUGCAAAUGAUACCGUACAGUUAUUGGUUACACUGGUGGAAAGAAGAGAAAGGGCAAACUUAGUAAUUAAAUGUGAAAAUUGGUGGAAUUUAGCUAAACAGUUUGCAAGAAGAAGCCCACCUCUUCAUCUCUUAUCAAGUUCUGUGCAAAGAACACUUAUGAAGGCUCUAGUUUUAGGAGGUUUUGCUCAUAUGGACACUGAUACAAAACAGCAAUACUGGACAGAGGUUCUACAACCACUUCAGCAAAGAUUCUUGAAUGUAAUAAAUCAAGAAAAUUUUCAGCAAAUAUGUCAAGAAGAAGAGGUCAAACAGGAAAUAACUGCCACAUUAGAGGCACUCUGUGGCAUUGCUGAGGCUACUCAGAUUGACAAUGUAGCAAUCCUCUUUAAUUUCCUAAUGGACUUCCUUACCAAUUGCAUUGGGCUGAUGGAAGUUUACAAAAACACCCCAGAGACUGUUAAUCUCAUAAUAGAAGUUUUUGUUGAAGUUGCACAUAAACAGAUAUGCUAUCUGGGAGAGUCCAAAGCUAUGAACUUGUAUGAGGCCUGCCUCACUUUGUUACAAGUAUAUUCCAAGAAUAAUCUAGGUCGGCAACGGAUAGAUGUUACAGCAGAAGAGGAACAGUAUCAAGAUCUCCUUCUCAUUAUGGAACUUCUUACUAACCUUCUGUCAAAAGAAUUCAUAGAUUUCAGUGAUACAGAUGAUGUAUUUAGACAUGAGCCAGGACAAGCAGCAAAUAGAUCGGUGUCAGCAGCAGAUGUUGUUUUAUAUGGCGUAAACCUAAUUUUGCCUUUGAUGUCCCAAGAUCUUUUAAAGUUUCCAACCUUAUGUAAUCAGUACUACAAAUUAAUUACAUUUAUCUGUGAGAUCUUUCCUGAGAAAAUUCCACAGCUUCCUGAGGACCUAUUUAAAAGCCUAAUGUACUCUUUAGAAUUGGGGAUGACAUCAAUGAGUUCUGAGGUUUGCCAGCUUUGUCUGGAGGCCUUGACUCCAUUAGCUGAGCAGUGUGCAAAAGCACAAGAAACAGAUUCACCACUCUUUCUAGCAACAAGGCACUUUCUUAAGCUGGUCUUUGAUAUGCUGGUAUUGCAAAAGCACAACACAGAGAUGACAACGGCAGCAGGCGAAGCAUUCUAUACAUUAGUGUGUUUGCAUCAGGCUGAAUACUCAGAAUUGGUUGAAACCUUACUGUCAAGUCAGCAAGACCCAGUAAUUUACCAGAGAUUAGCAGAUGCCUUCAACAAGCUUACUGCGAGCAGCACUCCUCCCACGCUGGAUCGUAAACAGAAGAUGGCCUUCCUAAAGAGUUUAGAAGAAUUUAUGGCAAAUGUUGGUGGUCUCCUUUGUGUAAAAUAAACAAC